CCCACUCCUCAGGCUGAAAGCGUUAUCCGCAACGCAGCUCGAAAUUUCCAAGACCCAUCGUGCCGUGUGGACGUACAUUAGAGAAAAAGGAUUUCCAUCACAGUUGAUCUGGAUAUUAAUUGGACUUGACCACUGUUUGCGACUAUUUUUAUAAGGGUGCUGAGUUAAGAUGAUACACAAGGCAGCUCUGCUGCUGGUGGUGAUCUUUGCGAUCACCACCGGAGUCUUUUCCGGUAGCACACCACUAUCGUUACAUCUUACUCCCACUACCAGUACUGCUAGUCCUGAUCAAUCUGUUAAUACGACAACGGCUACGCCUUCCGCACGACCAUCAUCAUCAACAACUACAAUAACACCAACAACAUCAGCAUCAACAACAUCAGCACCAACAUCAACAUCAAAAUCAACAACAUCACCACCAACAACAUCAACAACAUCAGCACCAACAUCAACAUCAAAAUCAACAACAUCACCACCAACAACAUCAACAAGUACAACGACGGAAACUUCUUCACCUCGCGGAACGCCGAAGAGUGUUUCAACGACGGAUCGCCCGAUCUCAACUUCAAAUAUCAUAGCGCCGUGGCGCGUUGAAACUAUGUUGAAUCCGCAGCAAGCUAUCCUUGAGGAGAUCCGAUCAUUGGGUGAAGAAUCAACCGAUGCUAAGAUCCAAAAAGAACUUGUAAAGGCCAUGAAAGCUGGCUCUAAGAAUAGCAAGAAGAAGAUUCCGUUAGUCAUCGACGAACAGACGAAUCUUCUUACUCCGGUCAAAAGUGAGACCAAGUCAGAUCCCGAAAAAGCUGCCCUAAAGGAACUCAUGGAAGAUGAAGACCUGAACUACGAGACCGAAGGUAUUCUCAUGCCUGAUGAUUCCGAUUGGGACGAUGACGACGACCUUGACGAAAUUACCGACAACGAGGAAGUUUUAUUCGAACAAAACUGCCCCACGGGGUGUAGGUGCUCCGGCGAAUACGCGGCUGCAACCACUGCCAGGUGCACUAAACUUAGCGGCGAACAAAAUUUCGGUCCAGACAUCGCCCACCUCAGAAUCGAAAACUCGCGUGAUAUCGAAUUGGGCCCGCACUCCCUGAGGACAUUGGGACUCCAUCAACUCGAGUCCAUUGCUUUUGUUGAUACAAGAAUUUCGUCCAUCGAUAGAACCGCCUUCGACGGUGUCCCAGACCUUUUCUCCGUAAAUCUGACCAGAAAUGGAAUCCUUGGAAUUCAUCCUGACACCUUCCAGAACAACACUCAGCUAAGCCUUUUGACCCUGUCUGGUAAUCCCCUGCAGUACACUCAGGUCAAGAAUAGCCCGUACUCUAAGUACUUCUUAGAUGCACCCACCGUCUCGGAAAUCGACCUGUCCAAUAAUGCUUUACCCAGACUACUCCCAACCGCCUUUAUUAGAAUGCCACGACUCGACUAUAUUAAUCUCAAGGGCAACAAGCUCAGGGCUAUCGAAAGGGCGAUUUUCAAACCCCUAGACCAGUUGGAGGAAAUCGAUCUUUCGAAUAAUCAACUUAACGGACUACCACUUGACGUAUUCGACGACAACAAGUACCUCGAAAUUCUUCAUAUUUCUGGGAACAAUUUGACCACUCUGGCGACUAUCAAGGCUGAGAGACUCGUUUCUCUCGACGCGGCUAAAAACAGGAUCAAGAUCGUAGCUAAAGACGACCUCGCCGGUCUUUCCGAACUCGAAAGACUCGACCUUAGGUCUAAUUCCCUAAAGAGAAUCCAUCAGCACGCUUUCGCUCGUCUACUUGACCUCACCUACCUUGAUAUCAGUAACAACAAACUCACCACACUUACGGAACAUCAUCUGAGAUCCAAUUCCGAUCUUGAGAUUCUUCUCAUGAACGACAACCCUGGCCUCGAAACACUGCCGGUAUUCAAAUCGGAAGACGGAUCAUACAGAGUCUACCGUUUUGAGUGUGCAGACUGCGGGCUUUUGUACUUGGAAGUUGGAACAUUCGAUUCUAUGCCAGCAUUGACUCGUCUAAACUUGGCUAGAAACCGUCUCAGUCGUUUCCCGAAGGGUUUGACGAGCCCGCUAUCCGCUUUACGAGAGUUGGAUCUCUCGGACAAUUUGUUCAGCACAAUUGAGGUCGAUAUGUUCCGAGGUGCUAGAACUUUGACGAAACUAAACCUCGCCGGAAAUCCUCUCACCACUCUCCAAGUUGCUCCGUUCCUCUUGACUCCCAGCUUGGCCCGAUUGGAUCUGAGCAGAUGUGCUCUCGACAGAAUCUGGAGCGACACGGUUGUGCCGCUUCAGAAUCUAAGAUCACUAUCCGUUCGCGGUAACCGCAUAGAACGAAUAAACGUUGAGGAUUUGCAAGCUACCCCCAAGUUGUCUAAUCUCGAUAUCUCUCACAACCCGCUGGAAUGCGACCAAGAAUUCAACGCUGCCAUUCAGUGGCUAAUCGAGCACGGCGUAAGUCACAUCGAGACACUUCGUUAUCUAAGUAACUACGGAAACCCCGAGGAAUUCGCUGGAACAGAGGGACUCAACCAAUGGACUGACCUCGCCAAGGUCAUCUGCGAUAGCAUCGAUGACGGUCCUUCGCCAAGGCACCCACCUCUCAUCAAGCCCAUCGUACCAAAGACACCCAUUCCAGAGCUAAGGGAUGACGAACUUGACGCUUUUGCCCAGUCGCUCGAUCACGGAAUGGCUGCAAAGGACGAACAGUUGGAGGAUGCCUGGUUGUCAGAGGAGCAAGAAUAUCAAGAGUACCUAACUGAGGAUGGCCAAUACCGCCCUUGGUACGCCGGAACGAUGUGGCCAGUACUCACAGUCAUUUUAGUAACAUUGGCAGUGGUGCUCUUGGUCGCAAACUUCGCCGUGUGUAUUUCGAAGCGUAGAGGUCGUGGUCCCGUGAUUCGAGCCCCAAUGAUCCUUCGUCCCGGCUUAAUUGACAACAAGAAUUGUGGUUUAGUCUACAAGCCACUUCAAGAGGAGAUUCCGACGCCACAAAUGGCAAAAAGGGGCAGCUUUUACUCCAGCAGCACUUUCCAUUACGACAAAAUUGUCCCUGAGAGCGUUUAAGCGUUACUUAGGACCUGAAUUUCACUAACGCGCCGAGCUGACUAAUAGAAUGAUUUCAAGAUGACCCUAUUUCAAGACAUCGAGAAAAGUGGAAGAGAAGAGAGAUUCUCCAAAAUUUCUAUAAACUAAUAACUCGCGGGGUCUAAUUGUUGAUUUUGAAACCUGCAAGGAGCUUGAUUAGUUGCUUUUCGGCAUGUAUCGUUAGGAAAAAAGAAUAAACGAAAAAUAACUAUUUACUAGAAAUACCUAAUCGAUGUGCGAAAGAUGGGUGUAUGAUCGUUCCGGAACAUAAGUCGCAUAUUUUUUUAGUUUCUAGCGUUACAGGCAACUGAAAAGUAUCGGUAACACACACACGCACAAACAAAAACGAAGAACUAACAUCAUUUUAAUAGCAACUUAUUAAUAAUAAAUUAAUCAACGUAAAAAAGAACAGUGGUAGAUUAGUAAAAAUCGACAGGUAUUGCCGAAGGUUUGCUAACGGCUAAAUUUUCCCGGUUUCAAUUUAAUUUUUUUAUCGGACCAGAUUUUGCCGCACGGGCAUUAAAAAAAGCAACAAUUGAUCGAUCGAUCAGAUAGCAUGGAUGAAAAGUGGAAAAAGCAAACCUGCGACUUGAGUAUUAUCCUGAUCGUUUACUGGUGUUUAAUAUCGAUUGGAUGAAAUGGUUUUAAUUUUAUUAUUAUUAAUAUUAUUAUUAUUAUUAUCAUUAAUUAUCGCGUUCGUGGUAGUACCAACUAUCCCGUGAGAAAGAAAGCAGAUAACAUUUUACUGGCCGGGUAGUUACCCUGUAUUCUUUUUGGUACCUAAGAAAAUUCAAUGUUAGUGUCGACUAUUCGAUUGGCGGAAAAUGAUCGAGUAAAAAGUACGAAAACCGGAACUGCCGAGGCGCAGUAAUAUGUUGGACUGUAGAAGCCAUGCAAUUUUAAACUACAUAUUACCCCUAUAUAUUAUAUUAUUUAAUUAAUUAAUGAGGACUAAGAAUUGAUAGCCUUAAUAUUCAGUAGAUGCACACUUUCUACUCGCUGUAAAUAUUAUGAAAUAUUUUAAUAAAAUUUUAGUUUAGUAAAA